AUGUCUGCCUUACGAAGAACGCCGUCGUCCUGUCGUUAUAUCGAGCCCGGUCAUGCCAGACAUCUGGUGCCGCAGAGUCGGGAUACUCAGCCGCAGGUCCUUAGGAAACCAGGAGAUGAGUCCAGCCGGGUUGUGAGCACGUCGCGCUACGGCAAUUCAACAGUCAGCGAAGUGUCGACACAAAUCCCCGGUGCCACCGAUUCAGCUUCGCCCGCGGUGUCGGCAUCAACUCCCCAGAAGCUCACGGGAGGCCGUAUGCUGCUGAAUUCCAGAGGAGAGAAAGUCUACAUCGGAGGGUUCGCCUCGCUAUCAUUUCUACAAUUCCUUCGACGGACGAUCAGGCAGCAGAUGGGGCCCUCCCUAUUUACCGAGAACACCCGCCGCCAUGUAAUGCUCGAGGCCACCAAUCUAGAGGAUACAAAUCACAACUUUGUCGAAGAUGAAGACCAGAAACGAGCCAUGAUAGAUGUCUACUUUGCCGCUACAAACGGCAUCGUGGAUCUAUUUUCUCGAGAAGAGGUUGAAGCAUACUCGACAAUAGUGAACACUCCAAACAUCGAAAAACGCGAGUAUAUGACGGCUGCACUCGACCUCAUCGUUGCUAUUGGGGCGCAAUGCCGGGCGGCAGAUCAAUCCGACCGCCAAUAUGCCGUCAGACUCUUUUCCAGAGCCCAAAAAAUUGCUCUCGCCAGCGGACUCGAGGACCCUUGUCUUGACAUGGUCCGUUGCUUCCUGCUCAUGACCUUCUACAUGUUGGGCGCCUGUCGAAGAAACGCUGCAUUCAUGUACAUGGGAAUUGCCAGUCAAGCCGCCUCUGCGCUCGGUCUCCAUGUCACCGAGCAAUAUCGCCACUUCAAUGUUUCAGACCAAAACGUGCGGCUUCGCACCCUAAAAACCCUUCGAGUCUUGGAUGUGAUGUAUUGUUCGAUUCUCGGAAGACCUUAUUCGACGGGGGCAAUCAGGACCGACCGUGUCGCACUGAACAAUAUCGACAUCCGCACGAGCAGUCCCCGCGAAGUCACAUUGAAUGCAAGUUUCCGAGUCUGCACGAUCAUCGCAGACAUUACACAGCGGCUUGAUUGUGACGGAUCCAUUAGUCUGGGUGCCGCCCAAGAGUUCCUCAAACGCCUCCAAGAGUGGAGCCUCAGUCUUCCCGAUGAUAUGCGACAGUUUAAGAAGCCAAUUGCCCAGCUCUUGACGCUGCCUGAGCAGGAACAAAUGAUCGGAAACAUCCAUGUCUCUUGCGUCUAUUAUUUUGCGGUGAUGCUCGUCACCCGACCCUUCUUGAUCUCACAUCUGAUGCAUCAAAUGACUGGGAUCGCUGGCGAAGGGUCUGACACAAUGGCCACAUCCGGAACGCAGGCGGAUGUGCUUGAUGUGGCCCAGGCCUGCAUUGACUCGGCGAUGCUGAUGGCCAACGUCUGCUACGAAGCCCUGCAAUCUAGUAUCCUACUCAAGCAGAUGUGCAUAAUGAAGGCAUGGGUCUUCGCCGCUGGUCUGGUUCUAGGAUUCUCCAUGUUCGCUUUGAGCGAAUCGCGGUUCGACAUGGACGACUCGUUCAACAACGCACGCGAGGUCCUCCGGCAUCUGUCCCUUCAAAGCCCUCAGGCGGAACAUUACUAUGAGAUCCUCAGCGGCUUCGCUGAUGUCAUCCUACGACAUCGCCAACAUCUCUCCCGCGAAAAGCGCCGGUUUAAGAACAAAUAUGUCGACCAGAUCCUAACUUUGAAUGUCAGUCCGAGUGCCGGCGGGUCGCAGUCGACCUCCUCUCCACGAACGCCACUGUCCACCGAACGCAACCUUGGAGUGGUAGACUCUGCGGUAGCAGGUGGAAGUGUAAUAGGAGGAGGUGAUGGCGGUCUCGGGAGUGAGUUUGAUCUGAAUGAGCAGCUGCAAAUGACCGAUUACGGCCAAUGGCCUCUGGAAAACGGCGGUGGCUUCGACUUUGGCAUGUUUGGCUGGGACAACUUUGCAAUGCAAAUCUCCGAGAACUUCUCCCUUGACAACGAGGCAGCCUGGGGCGUCACUUGA